CCGGGCCGAGGCGGAGGCAGCGGCGGUUCCUCGCCCGCCCCAGUCGCAGGGGAGCGUCGCUCGGGGAGCGCAAGCGAAAAGGAAGCGACCCGGCCGCGACGCCCCGGGAGCCGGUCCCUGCCGGCCGCGGGCACUGCCAGGCGCCCCUCCGCCCGCGGGAGCCGCCUCGGGCUGCUGGGGCCGGCGGGCGCUCGGGCAUCCGCGGGGCAUCGCCAGGCGCCUGGGCACGGGCCAUGGCUCGCCUCUGCCGCCGCCUGCUGCUGCUGCUGCUGCUCCUGGGCCGCUGGCUGGCGCUCGGCGGCGCCUUCAAUCUGGACGUGGAGCGCCCGGCGGUUUACUCCGGCUCGGAGGGGAGUUACUUCGGCUUCGCUGUGGAUUUCUUCGCCCCAGACUCCUCCUCGAUAUUUCUUCUGGUGGGCGCUCCAAAAGCGAACACUACACAACCUGACAUUGUAGAAGGAGGCCAGGUGCUCAAGUGUAACUGGAAUUCCAACAAAAACUGCCAGCCAGUUAUAUUUGAUUCCACAGGCGACAGAAAUUUUGCACCUAAUGAUCCACUGGAAUUUAAGUCUCAUCAGUGGUUUGGAGCAUCCGUGAGGUCUAAAAAUGAUAAAAUUCUGGCCUGUGCCCCCUUGUAUCAUUGGAGAACUGAAGCAAAACAGGAGAGAGAGCCUGUAGGAACUUGUUACCUUCAUGAUGGAUCUAAGGCUGUUGAAUAUGCUCCCUGCAGAUCGACAAUUAUUGAUGCUGAUGGACAGGGAUUUUGUCAAGGAGGCUUUAGCAUUGAUUUUACAAAGGGAGACAGGGUACUUCUUGGAGGACCUGGAAGUUUCUACUGGCAAGGUCAACUCAUUUCUGAUCGGGUGGCAGAAAUUGUGGCUAAAUACAAUUCCAAAGUCUACAGUAUCAAGUAUGAUGACCAGUUAGCAACACGGUCCGCUAGUGCUGCUUUUGAUGACAGCUACUUGGGUUAUUCGGUGGCUGUUGGAGAGUUCAGUGGUGAUGGCAUAGAAGACUUUGUAUCUGGGGUUCCAAGAGCAGCAAGAACGCUGGGCAUGGUAUCUAUUUACAGUGGGAAAAAUAUGGUAUCCUUGUACAAUUUUACUGGAGAACAGAUGGCUGCCUAUUUUGGAUAUUCAGUAGCUGCCACUGAUAUUAAUGGGGAUAAUUACACUGAUUUGUUUAUUGGAGCCCCCCUCUUUAUGGAGCGUGGUUCUGAUGGCAAGCUUCAAGAGGUGGGUCAGGUCUCCAUAUGCCUUCAACAAGCCUCUGGAGGUUUUCGGAUUGUAAAGCUGAAUGGGUUUGAGAUCUUUGCGAGAUUCAGCAGUUCUAUUGCACCUCUGGGGGACCUGGACCAGGAUGGCUUCAAUGAUAUUGCAGUUGCUGCACCCUAUGGUGGAGAGGACAAAAGAGGGGUUGUUUACAUCUACAAUGGAAGAGCGACAGGUUUGAAUGCAGUGCCAUCUCAGAUUCUUGAAGGACAGUGGGCUGCCCAUACUAUGCCACCAAGUUUUGGGUACUCACUGAAAGGAGCCACUGAUGUGGAUAAAAAUGGAUAUCCAGAUUUGAUUGUCGGAGCCUUUGGUGUUGACAGAGCUGUUUUGUACAGGGCUAGACCAGUUAUCAGUGUAAACGCCGGCUUAGAAGUUAACCCGACCAUUCUAAAUCCUGAGGAAAAAAUCUGUGAACUGCCAGAUACCGGUGUGAAAGUUUCAUGCUUUAAAGUAAAGUUCUGCUUAACAGCUGAUGGCAAAGGAAAGCUCCCAAAUAAACUCACCUUCCAAGUGGAACUGCUGUUGGAUAAGCUUAAGCAAAAAGGAGCCUUAAGGAGAGCUCUGUUUCUCCACAACAAACAGCCUGGUCACUCUAAGAAUAUGACACUGGUCAAAGGGGGCACAAUGCGUUGUGAGGAACUUCAGGCUUUUCUGAGGGAUGAAUCUGAGUUUAGAGACAAACUUACUCCGAUCACCGUUUUUAUGGAAUAUCGGUUGGAUUACAAAACAGCCACAGACUCAUCUGGAUUACAGCCCAUCCUCAACCAGUUCACUCCUGCUAACAUUAGCAGACAGACACACAUCCUGCUGGACUGUGGUGAAGAUAAUAUCUGCAAACCGAAAUUGCAGGUUGCAGUACGCAGUGAUCAGAAGCAGAUCUAUAUUGGAGAUGACAAUCCUUUAACCCUGAUUGUCGAUGCCCAGAACCAAGGGGAAGGAGCCUAUGAAGCCGAACUCUUUGUUAUCAUUCCACCCCAAGCAGACUUCAUUGGUGUUGUUCGUAACAAUGAGGCUUUAGCACGGCUAUCCUGUGCAUUUAAAACUGAGAAUCAAACUCGCCUGGUGGUCUGUGACCUUGGAAAUCCCAUGAAGGCUGGGACUAAACUAUUAGCUGGCCUGCGUUUCAGUGUGAAUCAGCAGUCAGAGAUGGACACCUCUGUGAAGUUUGACUUACAAAUUAGAAGCUCCAAUCUAUUUGACAGUUUAAGCCCAAUAACAUCUUAUCAGGCUGACCUUGCCAUCUUAGCAUCUGUUGAAAUUAGAGGUGUCUCUUCUCCUGAUCACAUCUUCCUCCCCAUUGCAAACUGGCAACCCCAGGAGAAUCCAGAGACAGAAGAUGACAUAGGACCUUUAGUUCAGCACAUAUAUGAGCUGAGAAACAAUGGUCCAAGUGCCUUUAGCAAGGUGAUGCUAAAUCUUCAAUGGCCUUACAAAUACAACAAUAACACCCUGUUGUAUAUUAUGCAAUAUGAAAUUGAUGGACCCAUGAACUGCACUUCAGAUAUGGAGAUCAACCCAUUGAAAAUUAAGAUUUCAGUUCCUGAAGCAGAUGAGAAGAAUGAAACACUUAGGGAUGAAGAUAAUCGUGAUCACCAUAUAAAUCGAAGAGAGAUAACUGCCAAUGAAGGAGAUGUACAUACUUUGGGCUGUGGAACUGCUGAAUGUUUAAAGAUAGUCUGCCAAGUUGGACGCCUGGAGAGGGGAAAAAGCACAAUAUUGUAUGUUAAAUCCCGCCUUUGGACCCAGACCUUUAUGAACAAAGAAAACCAGAAUCAUUCGUACUCACUCAAGUCAUCAGCCUCAUUCAGUGUCAUAGAGUUCCCUUACAAGAACCUUUCAUUUGAAGAUAUCCAUAAUUCUACAGUAGUUACCACAAAUAUCACCUGGGGCAUUCAACCACAGCCCAUGCCAGUGCCAGUGUGGGUUAUAAUUUUGGCUGUCUUAGCAGGAUUAUUGCUCCUGGCUGUUUUAGUCUUUGUAAUGUACAGGAUGGGGUUCUUCAAACGGGUGCGACCGCCUCAGGAAGAACAAGAAAGAGAACAGCUGCAACCCCAUGAAAACGGCGAAGGAACGUCAGAAGCUUAAAAAGAGUUUUAUCUGUGUAACAUAUUGAAACUGUAAAAAUGCCAGCAUCUUGGUUACAAAUUUUGAUUUCCCUCUUAAGGAACAGACACUCCAUGACUGCACUACUGCUGAUGUCUUUUGGCAUUCGGAAUAGCCUUAACUACAAAUUAAAAGCAAUAAAUUUAAAUCUUCCCCUGUAUUAAUCACAUUAAUAGAUGUGACUAAUGCAUAUGCACUGAUUUGGAUGUCAAAAACAUACAUGAUAUUUAGUGCCAUGAUUUUGCUAAUCUAAUUUCAGGAGACACUGUUCUUUGAUGCACAGACAAGUGUUGUACAAACGGCUACGUAGAUUUCACUAAGCUCUGUAAACCAGCAGUUCCCAUAGUUCAUUGCUAGAUUUAGUAUGUUCUCUGUUGAUGGACAUUUAUGUUCAGACACUACACUUAAUUUUCAAGCUCUCAGUGGCUAGAUGCACAAAAUGGGUAUAGGUUGUUUUACAAAUCUGCCUUGAUUGCAAAGCUUUUCUGUCCUUAGACCUCUUGCUGAUGAUUUCCCCCAAAAAAGUAUACAUGGGAAUAUUCAGCAGGAUCAUUUCCAUUUGCCAUCUCUUCUGCAUGCUGGUCUCCCUUUCUGUAAGGAGUUGGGGGUUAGCUUCCUCCAUGGGACCAUUUCUCCUUCCCCUCCCACUCCUCUUGAUUUCAUAGAUGGUGCUCCACAGGUCUUGGUCUGCAUUUUUAACCCAAUAUAGUUACACUGAUACAAACCCUAGUGUGGAUGUUGUUAUAUCAAUAUAAAGGUUCCUUCUACCAGGAUAGCUUAGUACCCUCCUAAACAGAAAUAAACUAUACCAGUAUAAAUUCCUUUAUGCCAAUGUAACUGUGUCCACACAAGUGGUGUUAUACUACUUAACUAUAUCAGGAUAGUUGAACUGAUUAAACUGUUGUAUUUGACAAGCUCUAAGAGUAACAGCAAGGACAGAGCACUUUGGCAUGUAUUCUAGGUUGCUUGGGGCAGCAUCUCUCCACUGUAAAUACCCCAAAUGACUAGAGAACUUUUUUGCUGCAAGUUACCUGAAGUUAAUAGCUUGUUUAGACUUUCAUUUCUGCCUCAUGUCUGGUUUUUGGAAAACCAGGACUGAUUUUCACUCUUCAUUGCAUUCUUCUUAGCUGAACCACUAUUGUAUCUGCGUUAUUACUGAGAAAGUCCAAAGUUAGUAGAGGGUUAAUUUGUAUAUUGGACAGCUUGCUUUUUUUAUCCAUUUACAUAUUGUUUUAAAUAGCUGUUUAAGUGAAAGUACUUUAUAAUGGAAAUCCUAGCCUCACUGAAGUAAUGGAAUUUACCCACAGCCUUUAAUUAUAUAGUAUUGUUAUUAUAAUCAUAGAGGGAGGAAUCAGGACCCAUGGCAUUAGGGGCACGUCCAUAAGACAUCUGGGGGUGAGCCUCCCACCCUGGGUCCACAGAGUUGCUCUAGUGGAGCUCAUGUUAGCACUCUAAAAAUAGAUGUUUUGAUCUUGCAUCGUGGUCCAGAAUUCAGGCUCUUUAGCCCAUCCCAUCCCACCCCACCCUGGCUUCAGAAUGCAAGCUCCAACCUGAGCCAUGUACACAGCUAUUUUCACAGUGCUUGUGCAAACCCUGCUAACCUGAAUCUGUGGACCCAGGCUGGGAGGCUGGGUCCCCGACGCAGAGUAGACGUGCCCUAGAUGGCCUUGUUGUAUGUGUUUUAAGAUGAGACAGGAGUAAUUAUUUUGUUAAAUUCAGCUUCAGUCAAGGCUUGAUCCGGCAGUUAUACUGCACACCUGAUUCCCAUUGCCAUUAGUGGGAAAUCUGCACACACAAGGACCAUUGGAUUCUUUGGGUCCAGUCUGAAACUUAGGCUAAGCCUAGAGUUGAAGAGACUAUCAGCAGAGAAAACAUGGCUCUGAUUCUGCAAACACGUAUGUGCUUAAAGCACAUGAGUAGCCACAGUGAUUUGAAAUCAGCAGGACAACUCACCUAUCUAAGGAUGAGCACAGGACUGAGGCCAUUAUGGGGAGACGGAGAAAAGUACAGGAAAGCUCAGCUCAUCUGGGAGGGGUAUUAACAUUAGUAUUAACUACCCCUUGAUUUUAGGGUCACGAAAGCGUGUCAUUUCUUGGCAUUUAGGGUACAAAGGUAUCAUUUCAGCACAACUGCUGUAACUAUGGAAACUUCCAUCUGUACUAAGUUACGUAAAGUAAUAUUUCUUGAAAUUAUUUGUAUUUCUUAUGUUCUACUAAAGAAUAACAGCAAAUAAUUGCCUCCCCUCUUUGAUUAAAAUCCCUGUACAUUCACUAAUCUCCAGUUUCAUUGUUAGAAAACAGUAACGUAGCUGCAGUGUUCAGGUUACAUCAUGAAUUCAACUGUGCACACAGCCCCCAGUUCAGGACAAGUUAAGCAUAUGCUUAAAGGAUAUUUUGAACAGGGAUAGUUUCCUGAAUUGAGGUCUUUGUGUUUACAAUCUAGAUUUGGCAAUAAGAUUAUAGAAUUUAUAUUUUCUACUGUCAUAAUAGUUUUCGUAGUGGCCUACAAAAGCUAUUUGUAUUCUUAUAGCAAAUGUUUUAUAAUGUCCACUUUUUUAUAAAGAAAAUGUGAUAUUUUUGUAUGCAAUGAAUGCACCUGAAUCAAGUGCUGUGCAUAAAAUCAUAUGGCAGAUAGCGUAUUUAGUCCUCUUUUCAGAGAAAUUCAUUUCAUACGUCCAAAUUCAUGUAUAUGCACUAACAUGUGCAAUUAUUUAGCCUAAGAGCAAUUAAAAAAAUCCAGAUCUUUUAUGAGUUUAUAUAACUACUCCAACUUACAUUAUUGCAGCUUUUUAUGGUGUAUCUUAAAAAGUUAAAAUUUAUAUUGAGAAAUUUAUAUGUCUGGUACCAUACUUUGGCAAGAUUCAUGAGGUGUAAGGAUGUAAACUCACUUGUAGGUUUAAAUUUGUCUUUCAAAAAACACUAUUAAAGUUCAAUAGUAGAUAUAUUGUUGUUAAGCACAAGUGGGAAGCCAAACUUUAUAGAUAUAUGUAUAUAUAAAAUCAAAAAUCAAAAUCUUUUAUAAAUGUUCCAAAUGUCUAUAUUAGACUUGUAUUUCUAUCCUUUAAAUUUAUGAUUGACUAAACGACCUUGGUGCUUUUGAUACUUUUAAAGAAAGUCUGCUACUGUAUUUCCUUUCUUUACUAAAAAUUUUGAUAACUCUUUACAUAUAGCUAAGAUUUAAAUCCAAACUAAGAUUUUAGUAUUAGUUAUUCCUAAAAUUGUGUCCAGCCUUGAAUACUUGUAACCUUGUUAAAAUGAACUCUCAUAAGUAUCUUUUGAACGUAUUUCAGCUGGAACUAGGGGAUUCUUGGUGCUUUUGAAAUGUUCACUUUAUUAAUAUAUAGUUAUGAAAGUGUAGAGCUUUACACAGCAAAAAAUGCAUUAAAGAAGUUUUUUUAGGAGUGUCCGCUACUAUUUCAGAGAGGUUAAAAGAGAUUUUGACCAUUUUGGGGGGAGGAGGGAGAAAGAUUCAAAUUGUAUAACAUCUUGUUUUAGAACCAGUGCUCAUGCCAGAGGGAGCUAUUGGGUAUCACUACUGAGCACUACCAAAUCGCAUCAGAGAGCAGCAUUAGCAUGGACAAAAUCUAGUCAACUCUGUCUUACUGCAGAGUAAGGCCUGUUCCAAAGUCCUAUGAACUCAACAGGAGAUUUUCCAUUUACUUCAGUUGGGCUGCUCAUGUACAAUGCAGCUGUCUGUGAAUGGGAAAGAAUUAAGGUUAUGUAAUAGGAAAAUGGCAGCCCAGAAUAAAUGGGUAGGUGGCAGAAUGUGCACUGAUCUUGUCGCUUUCGUGGGGAGAUAAGGGCUUCUUUCUCUUGUUGACGCAAGAGCUGAGAAACAAGUUUUGUGCACUGUGUACUCCUACCACAAAGAAAUGCAACCUUUUGUUCCUUUUAAGAUCUAAUCCUGGGAGAUGCUGAGCUCUCGCAGUUCCUUGGGAUCUGAACUUUUUGGUACUCAGUCCCUAGAUUUUAGUUCUCAUGUGCAAUAUAACAUUAUAAUCUGAUCUAAUUCACUGCCAAGUUGUUUUUAAGUUUAAUAGGCCUGACCUAAGACGUGAUGUAGCAUUUGUUGACUUACAGUAGUCAAUAUUUUUAAGAACCUUUUACAAAACAAAUGUAUUAAAUUGAGUUGAUACAUGAAUGCUGUAGAAAGAGUUUUGAUGACCCACAUUGGGUGAGACAUAAUGAGUAUAUAUUCUAAAGUUUAUCAAUUGCUAACUCAUUGGUUUGGGUUAAUGAGAUUUGGUACAAUGUUUUUCUCUAAAUCCAUUGUGGAAAAUUUGACUAGUGACUGUACAAUAAUGUAUUUGAGUCUGUAGUGCUACUACUGUUUCAUAUGUUUGUGCCUCUUAUUUCAGUGUAAUUUUUUUCAAAAGGUAUUUGAAACUUUUUAAUACUAGCAAAGGAAAUCUAAGUUUAAAUGCAUUGUCCUUGUAAAAAUAUUUUACAUUAUGGUUGAAUAACUUGACCCUUGACUUUUGCAAAAUAAAUAAAGAUUUAACAUAACAUUAGAAACUGCAAUGACAAUAUUAGUUGAGUGGCCCUUUCUGAUCCAUAAAGGAAAUUUACUUGUUAUGACAAUGCUGUUUUGAAAAUGUAACAUUUAAUUCUUCAUUUUAUAACAGACCAGUUUUUGCAUGCAUUUUGCUAGUGCAAUGUUGUCUGCACAAGCAGAAAAUUAACUUACUAACAAGACUGCCACAAAUUUGGGCCACUAAAGUUCUUAGCUGUUGGAUAAAUAUAUUCAUGAAUCAAAUGGAAAUAUUUUCAAGUUACAAAAUUGUUUCAAGGGGCCUUACAGAACAUUUAAAGAGAGCAAUAUUCAUUUUCAGCCACCUUAUUUUUAUUAAAAUAUAAAUCACACAAAUUGUGUAUUGCAGCAGGCAGAACUGCAUUAGCAUCAGAUAUGGCUAGCAAGCCUGCCUUAUUUUCCUUUUUAAGUCAAUUUUUAAUCCCAGAAAUCCACUGAUACCUUACAAUUUAAAAUGAUUUCAUUGGGUUAUAUUUGUUUAGCUCUAUAUUCAAUUUUAGAAAUAAUUUAAAAUAUUCAUGAUUGGAUAAACAGAUUUUCAAAAUCUGAUUGUAAAUGUUAGAUUGAUUAUUAGAAUUUUGAAAUAAAAUAUCUCAAUAAAAAAAUCUUCUCUGAA